AAUGAUCCAAACCCAAAACCUGCUCUCUUCGCUUUCCAACUUCUCAUCUCCUCUCUCACAGACAUUGCCAUAUCUACUCAUCUGAAGCUUCUCUUCUCUUCUCCCAAAUCGCUUCACUUCUCUUUCACGCUACAGAUGCUCUUGCACUACAACUUUAAUGUCUAGUUAGAAAAUCCUACAUGUUGAUGAGUCUCUUAGAUUUUUCCCGUCUUCAAGAGUUGCACACAAACUGUUCGUAGAAAUUCCCAAGAGAGAGACAGAGAGAGAGAGAGUUUGACAUUUCUUGUCUGAUUUAUUCACUUAAUGUCUGAAUAUUAGCUCGUAGCUGUUUCAAAUGUUGGGUACCGUAAGGGCUAACCCAAGUCGCUUCCUCCGUUCAAUCCAUGUUGAUUCCUACAAAGAAUCAUUACCAUUUGAAUGGUACUCAAAGAAACUCCCACUUCUAACCAAACUCACCCGUUCACUAAAAGACUUUGAUUUAGUAGACGGGAAGCUCGAAGACAUCAACGGCGUCAUCAUCUACGAUGAUCACAUCAAACAGAAGAUGCAAGCCUUCAAAUCUCUAGCUAGAAUCUUCGUUGGGUCACCUUCACUUCAGCAGAAGCUCAAAGAACACGGACGCUUCAACACCGAAACCGAAAGAGAGCCAUUGUUGGUGAACUCAUUAACCAAAGUUUGCAACUUUCUUGACAUCACGGCCCAACAGAGGAAGCUAGUGAGGUCCACGGUGUGUUCACAGGUGACCCAGUACCGUAUCUGGAGAGGUGCGCUCGAAGAUAUACUGAAUGGUCUCCAAGAAGAAGUUGAACAUAGCGAGACAACAAGGCAAGGGACGAAGUUAGGACAGCAAGUGAUCUUGUCUUGCCUCAAGUUCUUGUCUGAAUCAUCGGUUUCGUUCGAAGACGAGAGCUCGACUUCAUGGAUGCGUCCCGUGCCAGGUAGAUACGCGAAGGCAAACGCUUCUGCGAAGUGGGAAGAUGUUCUCGACAUGGUGAACGAUCUGAGAAGGUACCUCGAAGAGCAUGACUUUUACCAUAUGGAGAAGCUUUUGUCGAUGAAAGAAGGGCUUCUACAGAUCAAAGACGUGUUUCUGGACAACACUAUUGGGUUCAGAGAGGUUAGGCAUCAAGAGCACCUUGUCUACAGAAAGCUUUCGAAGAUGUUGGGGAGUCCUUCUCCGUGUUUGUUCACUCUCCUCGUGUAUUUUCUCUACGGACGUGUGCGUGACAUUGAAGUUGAUCUCUGUGGAGGGUUUCACAAGGAGGAGAAGAGUGGGGUUUUUAGCUUAAGCAUGGGGAGGGUAUUGACCUCAGGGGAUGAGAAGAUGUUGGGGAGAGGGAUCAAGCAGUUGGAUAGAGCCUUGGGGCUAUUUGAAUUUGUGUGGGAAACGGCUGGGAUGAAGGAGAGUCUUGACCUGCAAGGGCAUUUGUGGUGCCUUGGAGGUGAAGAAAAGACCAUAACAUAUCGUGGGAAAACGUUCUUCCUACAUGACCUUAAUCUAUGAAGUUUUGUGAAGAAGAGACUAAAAACUAUGUUUUUGUUUCUUUAGCAAAUAGAAUUGGUGGUUUUUAUUAAAAAAUGUUCAGUUUUCGA